CAUAAAUAUAGCUCAGCUGACGUUCUUGUCGGCACAGAAUGUGUAGUAUGGCCCAUUUUAGAGCAGCAGUGAACCUCUUAUUUUUUGCUGUCUAUUGUCAAGAUGGCGUGCUAUCUGCACCGCUCAGCUACUCUGUGCCACAAGGGCAGGCGCUCGGAGACACCCCACUCCGUGACGAUGGCUACUCUGGUGGAGAGAGCGACGGCGGGGGGAUGCUGUCGGGGGGUCGUGGACAACUACUGGAUGGAGUCAUCGGGCACAGCGACUGGCAGGAGAAUGCAGGGCUAGAGUGGAUUGGCUGGAAUGGCUCCCAGGCAGUGUCUAUUACAUUCCAGUUUGAAGGAGAGACUUUGCUCGGGAAAGUGAUGUUCUACUCCAACAACGAUGAAACGAACGGCGUCAGAUUGUUCGAGCGGGUCGAAUGCAGUGUGGGUGGCAGCAUCAGCGACGCUGUUAAGGUCUUGGACGUGGAGACAACCUGGUGGGAGAGAACGGUAGCCGGUUUGGUGAUCUUCACUGCUGAUCUGUCAGGAUACAGGGGCUCACUUCUACACUGUGUCAUGUACCCAGCAGGGAAAUGGUUACUGCUAAGUGAAGUGCAGUUUCAAAGUGGAUGCGACAUUGCUCUGGGUCUGAGCACUGGAGCUGUUCAUCCAGAGCAAAUAUCUGCAAACACAGGAGAGACACGCAGCCUGGGUCUCCGGUCAGACUGCUACUUCGGACGUGGGCAAGCCUACCGUGGCAACGUCUCAGUCACCCAGUCUCAGGUGCCCUGUCAGCCGUGGAGUUUGCAGAGCCCGCACGCUCACCCCGAGACUCCGCUCAACUACCCAGAUGGUGGACUGGACGGCAAUUACUGCCGCAACCCCAGCGGCAUGAGGGAGAGGCCUUGGUGCCACACCAAUGGCACGGACACUACCUGGGAUUUCUGCAGCAUGCCGGCUUGUGGCUCUUGGGUCGUCGAUCGUUACACGGUUGGAACCCACAUCACUGUUGACUUCACAAGGCCCGUUCAGAUUUCCAAGAUGGCGAUGGCUGGAAAUGGCUACUAUUGGACGUCUGCAUUGGAGGUGGCGUACAGCAUGGACAAUACCAUUUGGGAUAGUUACAUUGAUAGCACGGUCCAAAACUCUAUACUACAGGGGAACACUGAUGCUGAAAGUAUCAACUUUGUAACAUUCUUGCCAAAGAUUACGGCCCGGUUCAUCUCUGUGAUCCCCAAGACAUCCGAGCAGUACUAUUCAGCGAUGAAUGUGGAGUUCUUUGGUUGUUCGUCCGACAAGCAGUCUUCGAGCAGCUACACCAACGUCACUGAAAAUAUAGUGAAUGAUAAAGUGUGGUCUUUGGCGAACAACCCUUUUCUCAUCCAUGGAGACAUCACGGUUUCCAAGUUUGCAAAGUUGACAAUACAACCUGGAGUAAAAGUUUUUUUCUCAGUUCCAGCAAGUCGGCUAACGAUACAGGGUGAACUGUUUGUCAAUGGGCAGCCUGGACUUCCGGUGAACUUUGGUCCAUCUGGCAUGCCAUUAACAAGUGGGCAAUGGUAUGGCAUCGUCAUCAAUGCCGACGCUCCCAACACAAAGUCGACAAUCAGGCACGCGGAGUUUGUGAGUUGUUCCAUCUGCGUGACUGCCCAAAGCUCAAACGUGGACAUUGACGAAGUAAGGAUCCACAAAGCUGUAACCGGACUACAAUUUGAAGACCCGAGUAAUGUCGAUCACACCGUCAUAAUUAACAACACCAGAGUGACAAAUUCCAAUGAUGGAAUCAAAAUAUCUGCUAGAAACGGGAAUUUUCACCUGUCUUCUGUUUCGGUGCUUGACAACGCCUAUGCCGGUGUUUAUUUAACAAACAUGGCGUUGAUGUCAGUGGCUGAGUGUAAUUUCAAACAAAAUACAUUCGGGAUCUACUACUACGGGGAUUCACCCUCAAGCUUGAAUGUGAUCAAUUGCCAGAUCAGCCAGCAAAGAAAUUAUGGAAUGUACGUUGAUGGAUACGGAACCAUUUCUCUCCUCGUCAAGAAUUCAUCGAUCUCCGGCAAUGCCAAUGGCUUGGUCUUAAACAUGAGAGGCAGUGGAAUUACUGUGCUGGAGGACAACUUAUUCACAAACAAUAGCUUCUACGGGUUAAGCAUAUACAACGGAAACCAUCUGUCACUUGUAAACAAUGUCAUUCAAAACAAUGCAAUUACAAGGGACCAAGCUUGUUCAAUAACAUCUUCAAGCUAUAUGUCGAUAGACGGAAAUCUUUUCAUCGACAACAAGGGACAAAUACAAUUCGCCGGAGGACCAUUUCCUGCGAAUAUAACCAACAACGUUUUUUGGGGAAACGAUGUGAACCAGAGAAGCGAAGCCGCGGUGGCGAUAGACCUCCCCGCAUUCUUCGUCAACAACACCAUCACUGACAAUUCCGCUCCACUCACCGCAGUUACCGUCAGCUCCUAUGCAUCCACAGUCGCCUUCAACGUCUUCAGCAACCCCAGUUGCCCCUAUGAAAUGAAGUGCUCCGCACUUUACGAAAUCGGAGCCGAGGUGAAUGCCCGGCACAACUACUGGGGUGUGCCCGAGGAGCUGCGGGCAAGAGCCAGGAUCCUGGACUUUUCCAACGACCUGGCCCUCGGCGUGGUGGAGAUGUUACCGUUGUUCCAAGACCCGGGCCUUUCUGUCCAUAUUGGAAGCCCCGGCGAGACGGUGUUCACCGGGAACUUCACGGGAGGUGCAAUACGAAACGGCUCGCUGAGUCUGCCAAGGGGCAAUUACUUUAUUACUAGCAACAUAUUGGUGAAACCUGCAAGUGUAUUGUCGUUAUCAAGUGGAGCUUCACUAACCUUCAUGGGUAGAACUGGCAUGCGCAUUGAAGGGAAGCUGAUCAUUGGAAGCCCAGAAGAAGAGGAAUUUUCAAAGUUGUCUGCUGAUUCAGUUCCGUGGCAUGGAAUCAUUUGCAAUAACUGUGAAGAAAUGACACUCCAGCAGGUGGAAAUUACCAAUUUCGAGAUGUUCCAAGUUUCGGGCACGAGCAUAUCUAUGACAAACGUGAAGGUGAAGGAUUCCAGAAGCGGCUUAACGUUUUUGCCCUCACAAAAGUACCAAGUCAUGCAUUUGACAUUUGAAAACUGCACGUUUUCUGGGAUUUUAAGCGAUGCCAUCAACAUGAAUAUGCAGAAUUCUUAUUUUCUAUUGAAUAUUUCAAAGUCGACGUUCACAGACUUUGGAAGGAGCGCCAUUGUCAUAAAUAAUGCAGAAGACUUCACAAUUGAGAUCUCAUCGAGCUAUUUCAUCGCAGAGUCGAGCAGUUACGCCCUUUCCUUAAAUUCCUACAAAUGGAAUACAAUUUCCAAUUGUCGCAUUGUGGAUUCGGUGUUUGUCGGAGGGCUCUACGGCGUGUACAUUUCGAUUACUCAAAGUGACCUCGAAGUCAGCGGCAAUCUCAUUAGGGGCUUCACCCAAAGCGCCCUGAGCAUAAGCGACAGUGGCGCACACUCCUACAUUCACGUUCAUGGCAACACGUUCGAGCAUAACCACGGAGAUUUCGUGAUACAGAUGUCCGCAGAUCACGAGGAAAACUACACAUUUUAUCACAACGACCUCACCAACAAUUCGGCGACGACAUCGCUGGUCGUGCACGGGGCGUAUCCCACUCUGCACUACAACUACUUCGGAAACCCCGAGGCUACGUUUGAGAUGUCGGCGCCCAACGUUAAUUCUCAGCGGUACGUGGACGCAACUCUGAACUGGUGGGGCCAAGUGUCGGAUCAAAGCGUCGCUACGCGGAUCAACGAUGUUCACAAGGACGAGAGCAGUGCGGAAGUGGUGUUCUUUCCCUUCCUAGUAUCGAGAAACGCCAGUGACUUGAGUCGAAGGAAGGAGACAAUAUUCCUUGAAGCCGGCGUCCUGGGAGGCGUGGUUAAAAACCGCACGGUCAUUCCAUACGUCGACGGUGGGUACGAGGUGAUCAGAGACAUCACCGUGGAAGCGUCGGCGACGCUGACCCUAGAGCCCGGAGUUCAAUUGAGGUUUCGCAAAUCGGUGCUCAUGGAAGUUAAAGGUCAACUCUUAGCGGUCGGAAACAAAUCCCAUUUCAUCACCUUUACAAAUGUGUCCUCGACACUGUGGAGAGGUCUCAUCAUCAACAGCGAAACGCCCACACAGAUCGGAAAAGAACCAUCUUUGUCAAUGCUUCAAUACGUUAUUAUAACAAACAGCAGAUACGGUCUGAAAAUCAACAACUCCACAAUUCUCCUGGAGUCCGUCUCGUCCACAAACAAUGAGAAAUCGGGUCUGACGCUCAUGCAGCCAAUGUCAAAUUUAAGGAUAGUGAAUGGCACAUUCUCCUCCAAUGGCGAACACGGAAUUUUCACAGAAAUGCCCAAUGUUGGUUCGGACGCCGUCGUUACAGCAGUGGGCGUUACGGCAAGCGAAAAUAGACAGGGCGGCAUCAUGAUGCAUUUGGACUUCUCAUGUGAAACGUGCAACGUGUCCGAUAACGCCGGAGAUGGCCUGAACUCCAAUAGACAAGUGAACAUCAUGUUGAAUAAUUCCAUCUUCAAACACAAUGCGCUCUAUCAAAUCUCGACGAACUCCAUAUCCAAACUCUUGCUCAUUAAUUCCAUGAUUGGCAUUACAGACCUCAUAAAAGCUUACAACACCUAUUACUACGACUUCAGGUCUUACUAUUAUGAAAUGGUGUACAUCACAGGACCUUAUGAUGUAGAUUCUUCCGUGACCAUCAAGAAUAACACGUUCACUCGGGUAGCCCAAUCCAACCAUGCCGCUUUACUAAUCACAGGUAUUUCUGAUAACUGUUUGCAGCAAAACCGUUUCAUUGACAUCAACAGCCCUUCUCUGCACGUACAGACAAAUUAUAGGAGAAGCAGUGCCCAAAUCAGUGAAAACACGUUCGAGCGCGUCGUGUCCAACUCGCACGUAAUUAUGUUUCUUCAGUCCGGCAAUAUAUUAUCGUUGAAUUUUUCGGCCAACACGCUCGUGAAUUGCUCUGGAGAGACUGCCAUUGAUUUGAAUCCUCAAACGUCAAUCGGAUCGUAUCGGAUCCAAUGGAACAUUCUCGCAGGCGGCGUGUUCACCCGUACAUUGCUUGUGCGCUACGUCCUUAAUAUGACAGUGUCAGAAAACAUAUUCCAAAAUCCUGGCUCUGCGUACGAAGUUAGCGUAGGCCCACGGACACCCGGGCAGCUUGUCGAGCUGUCGAACAAUUACUGGGGCUCUUCAGACCCCUACAUGGUACAACAGCGGAUUCUAGACUUCCAUCAGGAUUCCUCUCUUGAGGUGACUACCUACAGUCCCUUUUACAUGGACUCAAGUCUCUCGGCACUGUCAAACGUCACGGGCGAUUUUUGGACAGACCCUUCUCUGCCUUUUGGUGGCGUUCUUGAUGCGGACUAUACACUCGAACCAUGUAAUGGUGUUCAAGUCAACAGGAGCAUCCUUGUCAGAUCUGGCAACACGCUCACAAUUUCCCCUGGCUGUGAGCUGCAAUUUCCUGAAAACCGUGGCCUGGUGAUUGAAGGCUUAUUACACAUCAGAGGUUCCUCGGAGGAACCCGUUGUUCUCUCAUCAUUAACCGGACGAUGGAAUGGACUGGCCUUGAUGAAAAUACCAGAAGAUUCUUGCCAAGCCUCCUUUGAUGGUCAAGUUUCUGUGAUCCAGCACCUGCGGGUCCUCAACGCCACCAACGGCAUCGCCAUCUUCCGCUCUCAAGUGGACCUUCGUUUUGUUCACGUGGACAAUUCCCUUUUGGCUGGACUGUAUCUGACCGUUUCAUGUCCAAUGACGCACACGGUAAGACUGGAACACGUGGUGGUUUCCCGUGCAGCAAAAGGUAUGACCUUCACUGGCCCCGAGCUCCGAAUUUUCAUCACGGAGAGCUCCAUGUCUCAAACAGAAAGCUACGGGUUGGAGAUCCAUUCCUGGGGACAGAGUUCUGAGAUAGACAUCACCGCAUCAACGUUUUCAGGUAAUCAUGGGAACGUUAUCAAUGUAAACGGUGCAUUGUCACUGAGCAAUGUCACUGUAUCCGAAAGCAAUGAGGAGUAUGGAUUGAAGGUCUUAAACCCAUUGAAUGUGAACGUGUCUGGUUCAACAUUCAGAAAUAACAGCGCUGGAGGAAUCUACUUCGAAAACUGCGCAACAGCCAGAGUCGCGAACAGCAACUUUGAGUCGAACACAGGGAGAGAAGCAGUCUAUUUUAAUUCCUAUUACAUACAGCGUGAACUCUAUUUGGUCGACAAUGUAUUCACAUCCAACGUGAUGGAUUCGAGUUCUUUAAAAUCGCUUGUCACCAUAAGCGUUGGUUAUAUGGCCGAGGACGUUGCCUUCAGCCUGUCUGGAAAUGAGUUUCAAAACAACGCGGGGACAUCCAUUGUGUCGAUUACUUGCAGCUAUGGAUUGUGUACCGUUGGAUCAAGGCAGGGAGUUACCAACAACAAUUUUCAACAGAACGUGUGUCCACACACUGGAGCCGUUGUAAAGGUGCAAGAUGCAUUGCUUGGAGUCGAACGUAACAUAUUCAAUAACCUAGAGAGUGCAGACUAUGACCUGUGGGUGUCUUUGAGCGAUGCCGGACAUCAGUUGAAUGCCACAGAGAACUCCUGGUCAGUAAUAAGAGAGGUGGAUGUGCUGGCUCGGAUCAAAUACCCCGAGUAUGUUCGAUGGAAGCCUUUUUUGAAGGACCUCAACUUCAGCUGUGAAGGUGUCAACAACUGCAGUGGUAAUGGCGCCUGCACCUGGCAAAACCACUGCAGGUGCUAUCCUGGCCACGCUGGGGCUGCGUGUGAGAAGUUUGUCUGUGACAAUGUGCAGCAGUGCAACCGACGGGGCCGCUGCGUGGGGCCCAACUGGUGCUUGUGUGAUGAGGGCUGGACGGGAGCAGCGUGCACCGAGGUCUCGUGCAGCACCGUCAACAACUGCAGUGGCCGCGGGGUCUGCUACGCGCCUGAGUCGUGCUUGUGUUACAGAUAUUUUGCCGGACCGGACUGCUCUGUUUGCCAGGAUGGAUUCUGGGGGGCCUCGUGCCUGCAGUGCCCUCUCUGCGUUCACGGACACUGUGACCUCAACACGGGACGAUGCGUGUGCAGUGAGCUGAAAUGGGCAGGCAAGCUCUGCGACCGCUGUGCCGAGGGUCUGUAUGGAAGCGAUUGCCUGCCUGUGCCCACGGUGCUGGACGUGAUCCCGAGCACUGGGCCCGACGUUGGCGGCACGUUGGUGCUCAUCACGGGCCGCAACUUGAAUGCGUCCGCAGAUGGGGGCUAUCGCUGCGCUUUCGGAGACCAGGUAGUGGAGGGAACGUGGCUCUCCGGCGAGCAAGUGCGCUGCGUGACGCCCAUGCACGCGGCCGGAGCGGCGUCCGUCAAUGUGGCGCCAGGCCACGGUGGCCAGAGCUCCUUCACUGCCUCCACGGUACUGUUCACCUUUUACCAGCAGUGCCCUGCGAGCGCGUGCGGUAGAGGACUUGAUGUUCCACAUGGCAUCUGCUCAUUUGGGCGGUGCAUCUGCAGCCUGCCGUGGUACGGCGAUGACUGCAAGUUCGAGACCCUGCCGCCAGAGCUGAAGGUCGUUGCCGAUGCCGUCGCGGUGGAAGGGCAGAGCUACGGCGAAUCUCUUCAACUCCUGAAGGGCACAGACCCAGUCAUGUGGCAACUGAGCGUCGCUCCAAGCGGCAUGAUCCUCGACGGUGCCGCUGUGCUGUGGAACUCGCCGAUCACACGCACAGAGCCGUAUGCAGUGGAAGUGAAAGUCUUCAAUGCGGUCGGCAUGUCCACGGCAAGUUGGCACGUGACCGUGGAGCCGUUGUACACUGCCCAGCUGUACCCGGUGUCUCCCGCGGUUUUCUCCGCCCCCACGCGGGUCGUGCUAUCGGGAUUUGUGGAGUACCGGGAGGGCGUCGCAGGAGGAGGCGCGCAGGUUCCCAUCGCCGUGGACAUUAUCCAUCAAGAUUUCACGAGGACCAUUGAGAGUGUGACGCUCAGCAAAAAUCGCACCCAUUUUGCGGUGAUUUUUUAUCCGACCUCGUACGAAAAAGGACAUUUUCAAGCGGUUGCGAGACACCCCGCUGCACGAACCGGCGCUGUGCCGCAGUCCUGGGACGUUCUGGGCAUGAUGUUCCAGCCGAGCGGCAUCUACAUGAGUGGCGAUACCCAGGGAGAGAUCCAGGAACUGCGGCCUGACGCCACCAGUCUGGUCAACUUGGCAUCCGUACCCCUGUUCAACAUCACCUUGGAGAUACCAGAUCGCCUUUCAUUUCUGAAGUCGAACGUCUCGUUCCAAAAUGGCUCAAACUUUCUGGAGACCCUGCGCCCAGGAAGCGCAGUGCCCAUCUCUCUUUGGAUAGUCGCUCCCCAUGCUUUCAAAGCGUAUUUUAUUAUAAGAGCGCAUUCAGAGCUGGGAACCGAGACUACGGCGACAGUUUUCCUCGACUACAAAUACUCACUGCCCAACAUUGAAGUUCAACCGGGGUCACUGAGCAUGCGGGUGCUCAGAGGAAAGCCUUCCUUAGCAGAGCUGUCAGUGACUAACACGGGCAAGGUCACGGCCGACCAAGUGAGCAUCACCUUACCCGGUGGAGACCUCCUCUACCUGGUGAGCUUCGCCAAGAACGGCUCCCGGCAGAGCGACGGUGCCCCGCCACUCAGCCUGGCCCAUGGCGAGCGGGCCGCCCUCGUGCUCUCCAUCGCCGUGCCGGAGAGCCAGCCGCUGGGGGAGAUCGCCGGGAGAUUUUACGUCGCUUCCACCGAGACCUCGACGACUGUGUCAUUCACCAUCGUCGUCUCCUCCGACCAGCUGCUAUCUGUGGAGGUGAAGGUGGAAGACGAGUACACCUACUUCGCCGCGGGCCACCCCCUCGUUUCCAAUGCCGUAGUGCUGCUCAACAACCCUUCCCGUGGCAUGCGCCUCGCAAAGAGCACAGCGGAAGGCAACGGGACGGCGACUUUCUCCAACGUGACAGAGGACCAGUACGACGUAUACGUGGAGGCUCCACGUCACGUCCCCUACUACGGGGUCGCAGUGUUCUCCAACCACAACUCGCAGCUCACCAUUUUCCUUCAGCGGAUAGCAGUCGUGUACACUUGGAGUGUGCAAAUGACGACGUUCAAAGACGAGUACAUCAUCACGCUGGAAGCAGACUUCGAAACACACGUCCCAGAGCCCGUCGUGACGAUAGAACCCCGCGAGGUCAAGCUGGAUGACCUGCUGCUGGGCGUGAUUGAACAGAUUGUGUUCAACAUCACCAACCACGGUCUCAUCAGGGCGGACAAUGUGCAGCUGAUUCUACCCAAGCACCCCAGCCUUGUCUUUACCAAGAUGAUAGACACUAUUGGGAAUGUAGAAGCCAUGACGUCGGUGCUCAUUCCAGUGAACGUUUCAACCACAACCAGAAGUAAAAGGGCAACGAUCACGUGUUACUCUGCUCAAAUGAUCUACUACUACGAAUGUGGUGAACUUCGCGAGCGCAGUGCUUUUGUUGCCUUCAUAGCAGAAGCCUCAGCAUGCACUCUGACGAGUGACACUGGAGGUGUCUCAGGAGGCGUCUCAGGAGGGGUCUCAGGAGGGGCUUAUGGUGGUUUUUAUGGUCUAGGAGGAGGGGGGCUAAUUGGAGGCUCGACGAGCGUGUCAAUGAACGCCUACGUGUCGACUCAAAUACCCUGCUGUGCAUUCGACUGGGGUUGUGAGAAAGCCCUGUACCAGUGCACGAACAGCCUGCUCGGUUUAGCGACACAUUUUAAAGCGGACAAUAAAAACAGGAACAAACGGCAACUUCCUCAGAACUCCACCCAACAUUACACGGUUGCAAAGAGGUCACUGUGGAGCAAAAUAGUGCCAGGCUUGGGAUGUCUGAUUGACGUAGGAUUACUAGCGCUGAAGGACACAAUCACAGUUCAAGACACAGUGGAUGUGAUUAUCGGAUGUUCGUGCGAUCUCAUCCCCAUUCUCAAAGUGGGCUGCACGCUUUAUGACAUCGUCACGUCGUGUCUUCGAGACGCGCCAAAUAAAUGCCUGGGCUCCGCCAAGAUGACAUGUGGGUCUGCUGUAGGGGAUAGCUUGGCCCAGCUGGCGGAUUCACUGAGGGCAAUGGAACGACAGUGGGAUUUAGCCGUCGAAGUGUUUGGCGAUAAAGAAUGGCUGCAUGUGCAUGACGCCAAGUGGCUUAAUUACGUCUUCAAGCCCAAGAUUGAUGACGGCAGCCCCGGAGGAAUUCUCAUCACGGAGAUUGAAUAUUCAGACAUUCUAGCUAUGCCUACCCCAGGAAAUGUGAGCCAGGCCAUGGUGGAGCAGUUCCUGCAGCGAUGGAACGACACCCAAUCGCUGUGGGCUGCUGCCAUCACAGACUCGGCAAACCACUCCAACCUCAUCGACUACCAACGAUACAGCGAGCUCACUCAGGCUGUUGUCAAGGACCUCAAGCUGGCAGAAGAGGCUGGAUACUCAUCUUUAGCGGAGAUGUUCCAAGUCGCCUACAACGCCUUGGAGGAGAAGCCCGAGGAGAAGAAGGGAGUGUGCGCCGUGGUGCGCAUCAAAAUCGAUCAAAAGCUGACCCUGACCAGAGAGGCCGUGAAGGCGACGCUGGAUAUCACCAACCAGGAGGCUUCCCCUCUCGAGAGCAUCGAGGUGAAGAUCAUCAUCAAGCGGCACGACAACAAGUCCGAGUCCAACCACCUCUUCUCCAUCGGCAGCCCUGCUGUGUCAGGAGGUCUGAGCGGCGUGAGUGGAGACGGCCGGCUAGAGCCGACGUCUGCAGGGAGUGCCGAGUGGCUCAUGGUCGCCUACAGCGAGGCUGCGCCCACGCACGACACCCAGUACGACGUGUCUGGCCUCUUCUCCUACAUGCUGGGUGGAUCCUUGGUAGAGAUCCCCCUGUACCCUGAGACGAUCACCAUUGCUCCUGAUCCUAGACUCACCAUACAUUACUUCUUGGAGAGAUUUGUGAAUUCAGAUGACCCAUUUACUGAUGCGGUGGAACCAUCGGUGCCAUUCACGUUGGGCGUGGCAGUCCGCAACAAGGGCUACGGUGUGGCCAGGAAUCUGGAGAUCACCUCGGGACAGCCGGAAAUUGUUUCCAACAAGAAGGGCCUCCUGGUUAAGUUCCAGAUCAUCGGUGCAACCCUGGGCUCCGGGCCCAUGUCCAGCUCCCUGCAGGUGCUAUUCGGGGACCUACAGCCGUUCGAGACCAAGGUGGCGCGCUGGUGGAUGACCAGCAGCCUCUUGGGAGAGUUCAAGAAUUACAGCGCCACCUUCCAGAACAAGAACCCGCUGGGAGACCCGCGGCUCUCGGUUCUGGACGAGCUGAAGAUCCACAAGCUGAUCCGGAACGUGCGCAUCCCAGAUGUGGAGGACGAUGGCCUUCUGGACUUUCUUGUCGAUGCCCAGUUUGAUUCCAGAGGCCUUCCAGACAGAUUGUACAACAGCAAGGACCUGAGUUACACAGAAACGUCUAUCGGGAACGUCAUAGACGUGAGACAGACACGCACGGUGGGCAUUACCACGGAUAUUUUUCUGACCACCUAUUCUAACGAAUCUGGCUGGGUUUACAUGCGAUACGACACCCAGUUAGAAAAAAAUGUCCAGGCAACGGUGAUCAGUUUCACACACGGAGCUCGUGUCCUUCCGAAGGAAAAUGCCUGGGUAACAUCCUACAUAGGCUCAUCCGACACACAGCUUGGACAUUUGGUGUUCAAUUUCUCCCAGCCAGGGAGCGCAGACUUCCACGUACAGAUUUGUCUCAUCCAAAGCUGUGAUCCCCCAGGCUCGACCACAGCCAGAACAAAUCAGGUGAUUAGCAGCUCGUCGGUCAACACAACAAUCUCCACAUACAGCAGCACCACAGCUCCACUUAAGGGGAUUUUCACAAACGUGAACAUUAACCCUCCAAAGCCAGAUAGUACCAAUAAUACGACAUUGCCCACACAGACAAAUGCAAUCCCAUCAAAUGUGACAUCUGCCACACCUAUGAAUUCACCAAUGCCAAAUAGUACCAAUAAUACUACUUCAUCCACACAGACCAAUGCAGUCCCAUCAAAUGUAACAACUACCACACCUAUGAUUUCACCAAUGUCAAAUAGUACCAGUAAUACGACAUCAGCCACACAGACCAAUGCAAUCCCAUCUAAUGUGACAUCUGCCACACCUAUUAAUUCACCAAUGUCAAAUAGUACCAGUAAUACGACAUCGUCCACACAGACCAAUGCAAUCCCAUCAAAUGUGACAUCUGCCACACCUAUAAAUUCACCAAUGUCAAAUAGAACCAAUAAUAUUACUUCAACCACACAGACCAAUGCAAUCCCAUCAAAUGUAACAACUGCCACACCUAUGAAUUCACCAAUGUCAAAUAGUACCAGUAAUACGACAUCAUCCACACAGACCAAUAAAAUCCCAUCAAAUGUGACAUCUGCCACACCUAUGAAUUCACCAAUGCCAAAUAGUACCAGUAAUACGACAUCAGUAACACAGACCAAUGUAAUCCCAUCAAAUGUAACAACCGCCACACCUAUGAAUUCGCCAAUGUCAAAUAGUACCAGUAAUACGACAUCGUCCACACAGACCAAUAAAAUCCCAUCAAAUGUGACAUCUGCCACACCUAUAAAUUCACCAAUGUCAAAUAGAACCAAUAAUAUUACUUCAUCCACACAGACCAAUGCAAUCCCAUCAAAUGUAACAACUGCCACACCUAUGAAUUCGCCAAUGUCAAAUAGUACCAGUAAUACGACAUCGUCCACACGGACCAAUGCAACAUCCACAAUGACUCCUACUACGAAGACGGUGAAACCCGAUGGUGCUAGCUAUACCGCAGCAUCCACAUCGACCAAUCGUUCAACGCUGACAUCUACCACAACAACAACAACCGCCACCACAACUAGCACCAGGAGCGCGGUAACGUCGUCCCAAUUGCACAGCGAUAUUCCAUCAAAGCAAGCCUCGACAACGGCUCAGACGGAGAAACCUUCUAACACGAGCAGCGCAGCGGGCAGCACUGCAACGCACUCAACGCCUGCCACCACCAACGAAAGCCAAGGAGCGAGCGCGCCCACAGGAAAUGGCCGGAAGCGUUUGCCAGACGUCGCUGCCGUUAUUGUCGCGCUACUUUUCUCGGCGGUAGUGGCCCAUCAUUUCAGCUGAGGUGACCGUGUUUCCCCCCAGAUCCCGUUGCAUUAAAAGACCGAACAACAAGAUGUCGGUACAUGUAUCGGUGUUUGAGAUGACGCCUUGGCUUUUCACGUCUUCCAUACCGAGAAGCCAUCAUCAUUAAGUGUUUAUUCUUAAAGCAGGAAAUAACCCACCAAAGGCAAUGCGUUUAGCGUGAAGGGUUCAGUGUUUUGGAGAAAUUAAACGUAUAUCGCAACUAGAAACAAUUUUAUAAAAUAUUUUCCCCCAAUUUUAUAGAAGCGGGAUAACACGGAACUACUUCUGAGAGCCCCUUAAAGUCACCUGAGGUCCCAUACGGUAGGGGAGCAGCACCGUCCCAUCCACUGUGUCAUCGACAGGAAUGUUCGUCGCAGGACUGCUACUUUCUUUUGUAAAUACAUUCCUGCGGAGGGAGCUGGUAGGAACGUUGGGUUGCUCGGUCAAUGGCCAGGGUCAACGGCCAGGGCGUGGUGUAUUUUGCAAAUAUGGCCGACUGUAAGGGCACCACGGGGUGACCAGCUUCUCCCCACCCAGCCCCACCUUCCCCACCCAGCUGCACCUUCCCCACCCAGCCCCACCUUCCCCACCCAGCUGCACCUUCCCCACCCAGCCCCUCCCCACCCUCCCCUCUCUGGAUGCACGACGGACGGACAUGCACAAUAAUCCCCUGUGGGUUGGUGUAACCAGGAGGUUCCUACCAGUAAAACCGAUACUUGCCUUGUUUUUGUACUGUUUGCCUUUUGGCGUUCUCUGGUUUAACACUGAUGGUGAGGCCAAUCAGUUUCAAAGACAUUGUAUUAUUAGAGCAUGUUUUUUUCCAUAUUUUGCCACAAGUAUGUGUGGUUAAUGCAGACUUGAUGCCUUGCAAAAGCUGCAUCUAUUUGGUGUUUGAACAUCUUAACACAACUCCUGUUUUAUUGAUAGGGUACAAACCUCUUCUUACUGGUCAUUAAUCUUGUACCUCUUCAUAUCUCUGUGAGCCACACUUGUCUUGGAAGGGACACUCCAAGAGCCUUCAGAGGCCAACAGUGAAAGGGACCUGAACCAAUGAGAUGCUUAAGUGUGCAAAGAACGAAUGUAAUCAUCUGUCGUAGUUAAAUGUGUGAUCACUAAUUAUUAUCAAUGUACUGUAGUACCAUUUUAUAUAGUUGGUAUGUGGCUGAACAUUUAAGGGAACAUAAUCACGCGUUGUAACUUUUUAUUUCACAUCUACGGGAGUUUGGAUGUCGAAAUCCUUAAAUUUAUAGAGGAACGCUUAAUCAUACGUGCGUACUUGGGGUGUGUUUGCAUGUUUUUGUUUAUUCUGAAAACAAAACCAUCCGAAAAGUGGAAUCGUGAGUUUUAUGUAAUUUUGAAAAAUGUUUUUGGAAUGAUUCAGAGACAGUGACGUCAUUAGUGAUUAUGGUGACGUCACUUUUCCCAACCUCGCCCCCCCC